AUGCGUUCAAAAUUCUACACCAACCCCGAAUACCAAAACAAAAAAGCGCCAGCACAUCGCCGCACUGGCUGCCUCACAUGCGAUGAAGGCUACAUGUCAUAUAUCCCCCCAGCGCGCGAUCCUCAUCUCCUCCGCCAGGAAUUCCGUCGUCGUCCUUUAAAUGCUCCGAAAUUAGCACCGCUGUAUAUACCCGGCUCACUGAACCAUAAUGAUAUCGCAUCGCUGCGCCCACAGGUUCAGCCGGGACAAGAGGAGUAUGCUUUUUUGACGGAUUGGCAACAGAAGAAAUUAGCGAAGGCGAGGGGGAAACAGGGGGGGUUUAGUGUACCCGAGGAGGAUAGGUGGUGGGAAGAAAUUUUGUCCAAGAAGGUGUUUUGGAGGGGAAUGAUAGUUUUUGGUUUGUUAUAUUGUUUGGUAGGGAGUGGUCCGAGGACAGCUUAA